UUGUAUUCCGUGUUCUCAGAACAAAUUAUGUUUUAUACUAGAUGAGCGGAACUAAAGAUGAAACGUUAGUUAGCCGUGAGCGAGUUUCAGUUUAGAGACUAGUAACCCACCAGCAGAAAGGGUCCUUUGUGAGACAGAUAUGUUGACGUCAAAUGAACCCUGUGAAGACAUAAAUUCUCAGUUUAACUAGAACAACACAACACAGGGAGGAUGAGCCUUGGUAUCCUCCCCCUGUCUCCUAACUUACAUAACUCAUGAGGGGUUUUCCUUUAAUAAGUUAAAUUGACCAAGUCUGUCCUCUUAUUUUCAUGUUAGCCCUGUGUCCACACAGUUGACUGACCAGAACAAGGGAAUAUCUGAUACAUACUAUCAUACAAAUUACAAUAUGUUGGAGAUGCUUGAAUACAGCCAUUACCAGGUACAGACACAUCUGGAGAACCCCACCAAGUACCACAUCCAGCAGGCCCAGAGGAAGCAGGUGAGGCAGUACCUGUCCACAACCCUUGGGGGUAAGCCUGGCAGCCAGGCCGGCAGCCUGCAGUGCCCCAGCCAGCCCCCGGAGCACGGGAUGCCCCCCGGCCCAGGCAGCAGUGCCCCCAACAGCCCCAUGGCCCUGCUGACCCUCAGCUCCAACUGCGAGAAGGAGAUGGAUGAUGUCAUUGAUGACAUUAUUAGCUUGGAAACAAGUUAUAAUGAGGAUAUUUUUGGACUUAUGGACCCAGGACUCCAGGUUACUAAUACACUCCCUGUAUCUGGUAACCUUCUGGACAUGUAUGGAAAUCAAGGGCUUCCCCCAAAUGGACUUGCCAUCAGUAACUCCUGCCCUGGUAGCUUAUCCAACAUCAAAAGGGAAUUCUCAGCUCCUGGCAUGAUGCACGUACUGGACAAUACUGGAUCCUAUGGCCAGUUUGACAACUACCAAAGGCCCGAGGGCUUUCCAGUUGCUGAGGUUCGAGCGAUGGCCAAGGAGAGACAAAAAAAGGACAACCACAACUUAAUUGAACGAAGGAGAAGGUUCAACAUCAACGAUCGAAUCAAAGAGCUUGGAACCCUGAUUCCUAAGUCUAAUGAUCCGGACAUGCGCUGGAAUAAGGGCACCAUUCUGAAGGCCUCAGUGGACUACAUCAGGAAGCUGCAGAGGGAGCAGCAGAGAGCUAAGGAGGUGGAGCUUAGACAGAGAAGGCUGGAGCAUGCCAACCGCCAUCUGAUGCUGCGCAUACAGGAGUUGGAGAUGCAGGCGCGGGCUCAUGGUCUUGCAAUUCUGCCGUCGUCUUCCCUCUGCUCCUCUGAGCUGAUAGCCCGAGCCAUCAAGCAGGAGCCCAUCUUAGGAGACUGUCCCUCAGACCUGUACCAGCAGCCAGGUCCUGACAUGUCCCCUCCAACCACACUGGACCUCAACAACGGUACCAUCCACUUUAACGACAGCCCUGUGGAUGCAGGUGACACAGGGGCAUAUGGCUCCAGCAAAGCAUCCACUAAACUGAAGGACAUUCUAAUGGACAACACCCUGUCGCCCAUAUCAUCCAAUGACCCCCUUCUGUCCUCAGCUUCCCCAGACACCUCCAACAGCAGCAGCAGGCGUAGCAGCAGCUCAAGCAUGGAGGAGAAUGAUCAUGGUUGUUAGCACUGCCCACAAGCUUAAAUCACACUGACAUUUUAUAAAGUAGCAUUGUUAUUACUGGAGCCAACGCUAGGUGCUGCUAUGGCCUAUUCCUUGAGAUGCUUCCCUGCUAGCAUCCAAAGCUGUCCUCCAUACUCAGUGGAUAAAGACAGUGGGAUUUUCCCUCCCAUUGUGUUCAGAAGUUUUGUCUUUUGUUUUUGUUUGUUUUACAAUAUUGUGUCUCUUUCUGGAAUCAAAUCUGGCUGUUCAGAUUAGGCUACUCUACCUAAAGUGACUGCUGAGAUUUCAAUGUACUGUAGCGUUCACUUUUCAUGUGUGAAUUAUUUGACAGGAAGUGCACAAUAACAUGGCAAGAAUGUAUUAUAUGUGUAAUAUUUUGAUKUUUUUUUCAUAUCAUGACCAUUUGUUGAAUUAGUUUAAAACAUUUGUUUUGUGAGAUAUCAUAGAGAAAUAUAUAUUUAGUUGAAUACUUAAAUUAGCUGAUAAUAAAAUUUCACCAAGAUUU